UCUACAACUCCAGAAUAGACGUUUGUGCAACAUCUGCCAGCGAAGGCUAGCCAUAACAAAUAUAAGUAAGUAUUUAGUAAACUCCUCGCUUCAUCCGGGCCCGCCGUCAUCACUCAGCGCGCCAAAAACUUGAAUUCAACGAAAGCGAGCGUUAUCAUUCGUCAUUAUAUCGAUUUCAUUCAUCUCUUGCAUCCAAUUUUUCCACAUACACGCCUACCAGUCAUCAGGUCUUUCCAGGAAGAGUACUGUACCGGAAUUACUCCCCGGUAAACAGCUGCUUUUGUUGUUCUCUUUGAGCCAUACCUCUCGAGACAACCAGGCAAUCGAUAGGUUCUUCCAGGAAGAGAUACUCACUUCAUUAAAAUUAUUUAUCGGCGACUAGCUGCUGUAGUUGUUUCUAUUCAAGCCGUAACCCUGUUGAGACAAAACAGAUGUCAGAUCAAUCGGAAAGAGACGUUAAGAUAGAUGAUAUGCCAACCUCAUCCUCAUCCUCAUCCUCCGAACCCCAUUACACCCUCUCACCCCAUCCACCCCACACUGACUCAUCAUUUCACCCCUUACCUACCGACCCAACACCUCCUCCUCAACCUAUGUGCCUUCGCGAAGCCCCCGGACCCGACAUCUUUUCGGACCAUCGUCCCACUCUUGCCGAGUUCCGCGCCAGUGAAGGUCCUGCCGCAAGAGCUUCAAAACUCAGGGCGCUCUGGAAAUCUCUUCCCGCCCUUCCAUCCAUUCCUGAUGGCGACGAACCCACACCGACAAAAAAGAUGCAGCUUCCUGGCCAGGGUACCACUGCGGCCCUGUCGCCUGAGCGCGCUGAGAGGUUAAGAAGGCUCUACGAAGAAGAAUUGGUCAAGCGUAUUAGCGAGGAGAGACCGGAUAGUUCAUUAUGGGGUGGACCUGAUGACCUUGAGCCGGAAAUGAAGAAUUUAAAGGGAAAAGGUAUCGCGUGGCAAGAUUUCAGGCGGUUCUUAUGGGAUAAGGAAAGAGAGUUGUGGGAUAUCUUCCAGGAACUGGAUCAUAACGCCGACGGCCGUCUUGACGCGCAAGAGAUGAGAGCCGCACUUUCUCGUUCAGGGGUGGACGUCACGCCGGCAACUGUUUCUGAUCUUGUCCAUUUCCUCGCCAGUCCCUCUAACAAAGAAGGCUUACCUAAAGGGCCCUCGCAGGGAGGUUCAGAAGAGGGGUUGUACCUUACGUUCGCCGAUUUCAGAGAUUUCCUGAUCAUGUUGCCCAGAAAAGCGACGCCAUUUGAAAUCUACAAAUUCUACCAAGUCCGGAAACGAUUUUCUGACGGCCGAGGUGCCGCUCGCGUCGACAAAGAAGGCGAUAUAAGCAUCUCCUUCCCCAAAGCCCCCAACUCACCUCAAACAUCUACCGCCGCUGGAUUCUUCCACCCCCCAAAACAACAUAAAGAAGAAGACGAAGAGUUUGCCGACACCCCCGGACCAUACGACGAGGACGUUGAAGUCGUGCAGGAAGAUAGGCAUGAGGCAUGGAGGUUCCUCCUGGCGGGUGCCAUUGCCGGUGGCGUCUCGCGGACGGUGACAGCUCCAUUCGACAGGUUGAAAGUCUACCUCAUCACGACUGAUGAUUUUUCUGCUUUCAAUCGUCAUCCACAAAUCAACCAUCCUUUACAAAAUGGUUUCAGGGCGGUGACGAAUCUGUGGGGAGCGGUGCAGAGGAUUUAUAUGGAAGGUGGGGGAUUGAGAGCGUUCUGGGUUGGGAAUGGAUUGAACGUGACAAAGAUCCUCCCUGAAUCCGCUAUCAAAUUCGUCUCAUAUGAACAAUCCAAAAAAUUCCUCGCCAAAUACUGGGAUAAAGUCUCAGAUCCGUCAGAACUUUCCUCAUCUUCCCGUUUCAUCUCUGGCGGCGUAGGUGGUAUCACCUCCCAAUUGGCCAUUUACGGUCUCGAAACCCUCAAAACGCGGAUACAAAGUGAUAUUGGCCCGAACCAAGGAUGGGAACAUGUGGUCAAGACAGCAAAGGAAAUGUGGAGAGCAGGAGGGGUCAGGACAUAUUAUCGCGGACUGACGCUGGGUCUGGUCGGCGUUUUCCCGUACAGUGCGAUUGAUAUGGGAACAUAUGAGACACUCAAGACGGCGUAUUGUCGGUCGACAAAGGCGGAUGAGCCGCCGGUAUUUGCUGUACUCUCGUUUGGAGCGCUUUCAGGUUCUAUUGGCGCUGCGACUGUUUAUCCUGUCAACCUCCUUCGAACACGACUUCAGGCUUCUGGCUCAUCUGGCCAUCCACAUCAAUACACUGGUUUCCGCGACGUUAUGCAGCAGACCCUCAAGAAUGAAGGAUGGAGAGGCCUUUAUAAAGGGUUACUGCCUAGUAUAUUGAAGGUGGGCCCCGCAGUGGGUGUCAGCUGGAUUGUGUAUGAGGAGUCGAAGAGGAUGCUGGGAGUUUAAGAAUGAAAGAACGAGUGGUUUGGUCAUGAGGAAUGAUGAAUUGAUGUAUGAUGAAGGAUGAGGAAAUGGAAGGUGAGAUGGAAUCGAAGAGACGGAAGACGGACAGUUGGAAGAAGACGUCAGAAUUCAAGAAACUCAAACAUAAAUCUUAUCGCAUAGAUACAAUCUUCUUCCUCUUUAAUUUUUCAACAUAAGCAUGAGUUGCGGACGUAGAUGUAUUGUAAACUGCAACAAUGAAUUUGAUGUCAUCUGCCGGGAGAGGUAGAGGAUUCAUCAACAACAAUAUGCA